AAUCGACUUGCCAUAGUUCUUAAUAAAUGGUGCAAGUCAAGAUGUCCAAAUCGCCCGUAGAUCCUCUGUCUGCUGUGGAAAUAGGCUCCCAGUCGCAUUAUUUUCAGCUGCCCAGGAAGUUGCCUAAACGCAAGAGCCGCUUCAAACGCUCAGAUGGCAGCACAUCCUCAGACACAACCUCCAGCUUCAUCAAACGGCAGGGGUCUGCUGAUUCGUAUACCAGUAGACCGUCGGAUUCAGACCUGUCAGCCGAGGAGGACCGCGAGGCGUAUCGGCGUGAAGCCGAACGCCAGGCACAACAGCAGCUUGACAGAGCUAAGUCUAAACCUGUAGCGUUUGCAGUAAAGACAAAUGUAAGCUACUGUGGAGCUCUGGAUGAGGACUGUCCGGUCCAAGGAGCUGCAGUCAAUUUUGAUGCCAAAGAUUUCCUGCACAUCAAAGAGAAGUACAACAAUGACUGGUGGAUCGGGAGGUUAGUGAAAGAGGGAGCAGACAUCGCCUUCAUCCCCAGCCCUCUUCGGCUGGAGGCCAUGAGGCUGAAACAGGAGCAGAAACAGAGGAAAACAGGAGGGAACUCCUCUAGUUUAGGGGACAUGGUGACAGGAAGCUGGAGGACCACGCCUCCAUCUGCAGGCGAAUCUAAACAGAAGCAAAAACAGGAACAUGUCCCUCCCUAUGACGUGGUGCCCUCUAUGAGGCCGGUGGUCCUUGUGGGACCGUCACUGAAGGGCUAUGAGGUGACAGACAUGAUGCAGAAAGCUCUUUUUGACUUUCUGAAACACAGAUUUGAGGGAAGGAUCUCCAUCACCCGUGUAACUGCCGACCUGUCCUUAGCCAAGAGAUCCGUCCUGAACAAAAGACCCAUAAUGGAGAGAUCCAACACACGCUCCAGCCUUGCGGAGGUUCAGAGUGAGAUUGAGAGGAUAUUUGAGCUCGCCAAAACCCUGCAGCUGGUGGUUCUGGAUGCUGACACCAUCAACCACCCCGCACAGCUUGCUAAAACAUCCCUUGCCCCCAUCAUUGUCUACGUUAAAGUUUCCUCACCAAAGGUGCUGCAGAGGCUGGUCAAAUCCAGGGGGAAGUCUCAGAGCAAGCACCUGAACGUGCAGAUGAUGGCUGCAGACAAACUCUCUCAGUGCCCCCCUGAUAUGUUUGAUGUCAUUUUGGAUGAGAACCAGCUAGAAGAUGCUUGUGAACAUUUGGCUGAAUACCUGGAGGUGUACUGGCGUGCAACUCACCUGCCUGGAAACACCCCUCUUAACCCCUUACUGGAGCAGAGUCUGAUGACCCCACCCUCGGCCAUCUCCAGCCUACAGAACAAGAACAAGACACAACCACGAGCAGCAGUGGGCCUGGAGGCUGAGGAGGAGGAAGAGGAGGCGGCGGAGGAGGCCCACUCUCCGCUGGAGCAGGACAGUCUCAUGCCAUCUGAUGAGGCCAGUGACUCCCUGUCCCGUGGCCACAGGGGAAGCCCAUGCCACACUGGGGUAGAGGAAGAUGAGGAGGAGGAGGAAGAAGAGGAGGAAGAGGAUGGUUACGCCUCGCCCUGUCAUAGCCGCUCAUAUAGGGACAGGUACCCCUCCCACCGAGGGCAUCCAUGCAGCGACCACAGCACCAAUGGGCAUGAGUCACAGGACAGGCUGCUCCAGCGUGAAGCUCAGCAAGGUCACAAUCAGAGGAACAACCGCCAGCGCAGCCGCCCUUGGCCCCGAGACAACUACUAAGUUGCUAACAAGGUCCCCCCCCAUGCCCUCUGACUGAUGCACAGCUCCAAACGAAUUAUUUAAUCGUAAAACAUUUAUUGAUCAUCUAACUUUAUACUUUACAGUUAGUUGUUGUUAAUCCUCCAAUCACAUAUUUUAUGUAAAUUGAGAUGAAUAUUACUCAUCUCUUUGGGGUCAAACAAUUACAGUUGAAUUCAACAGGGCUAUCCACCUCUACAACAGAAAGGUUUCAGGCUACCGGCUGAGUGCAGACUCAGACGUUAGCUGCUUUGCCUAAAGUUUCUCUAUUGUAGGAUGUCGCUUAUACAGGCCUUAAAAUUCCUAAGACUUUUAACUAUCUUUACUAUUGCAUGUAUAAUUAUUUCAAGACGAUUUGCACAUUACUGCAGUACAGAAGGUGAAUGAUCUUUAUGGAAUAAAAUAAUGUAGGAAUGUCCUGUGUUUGAGCCAUUUAGGGUUAAUUGUAAUGCAUUUGAUUACAAUGUAUAUACUAAAUGGGCACCUGGUUUUGUUUCAUUGCUACUUUCUUUGUCUGAUUUUGCGGUUAUGGGCAGAUAUUUGUAUAAAAAGCACCUCAUUAUGUCACCAUCAAUGCGGUACAUUCCAGACAUCUCUUGUCUUUGCUGUUACACAAUCACAGACACCUCUAUAAAUAAAAAAAGGGCAAAUAGAAUGUAAAUACAACCAAGGAAGGGUAUGUUCAGAGUAUUAUAUGGAACACGUUCUUUGCCAAAAUGUUUGUUUACACUAAUUCAUUCAAAUAUUUCAAGCACAUGCUGCUCAGCUGCAGCUCCACUACAAAUCGAUGCUUCACCGAAUGUACGCUCGCAUGCCUUUUGCACCUCCAGCACCACCUGGUUUCUCUGACCCGACCGAAUGCAAGGAAAUCUGAUUGUAGCACGUUAACUGAUUGUAGCAUCCACUCUUCCCGCACAGAUCGCACCCUCUGUGGGAAAACAAAACAAAAAAACGUGGUGUCAUUUAUGUGUAUACUGCAGUUUUAAAGGCCGGUUUUUGCAAAGGAGGAUCCUCAGGUGUCAAGUCCUCAGCUUCACAUUACAAACUCGUUGGGCUUUUGAAGGACUCGUAGCACCCUUAGCGCCCUUGUCAGUUCUCUCCUGUGUGGGGCGACAAGAGAGCUGAGAACCUGUGACUUUUUGAGUGAAAAGCGUCAAGAAUGUGUUGUUUGCAUAAUGCUGAGGCAUUAAUGUGGCGGGGGUGGUUUAUUGGAUUUUUUGCAUGUAAAAACAAUGUGCAAACAACAUGUCAGCAACAUAUUUUUGGCCCCAUUUGCCUUCCAUACUGGUCAGCCUUUUCUGUUAUGGAAAGCAAGAAAUGCCAAAACAUUUUUUUUUUUAUGUAUAGGCUUUACACAUGCAUGUCGUGUGUUAAAAUAAUUUUACAUUGGGUACAAUUUGAUAAGUAUUGAUUAUGGAGGACAUAUCCUGCAAUAAUUAAAUAUACAUGAAGGAAUAAAUAUGACUCCUAAAUAUAACCCAUUGGCAAAAUUAUAGCUUUUAUUUUCAAUUUUUAAUAUCACUUUUUAAGUAUACCUCUAAUUUUAAUCAGUUUGCUGCAGUUAGUGGCUUAAUAAUUCAAGUUAAAGGCUAUUAUUUUGCCAAUAGAUUAUUUAUGAGUUUUUUAUUUGAUGUAUUUUUAAUCAUGGCAGGAUUGGUCCUCCAUAGCUAUGUACCUAACACAAAAAAUAUAUAUAUAUUUUGACAGAAGCACAUUUUUUAGGGCUCCUGGCUUUUGACGCAGAAACGGACUGAUACAGUGUAAGAAAAGCCAGAAGGGACACAAUCACCUGACUUUUUCAGCUUGUCAAGGCUUUACGUCGUCGUGUUUUGGCACAUUCCUAACAUGUUUUAUUCUCAUUGUUUUUGUGGGAAAUUUCGUGUCAUCAACGCACACAGAUUGUGUUUACAUGGAAACAUUUCGACCUUACAGUCACAAUUUUUGGCUGUCUUUGCCCUCCUUAAUACCACUCUGUUUCCAGUCACCGAGCCAGUUAGACAUGACUCUUACGCAGGGUCAGUGUUUACUCGUUUUACGGCUUCCACGUCACCAGUAUUUAUCCAGUGUUCUGUAUAUUAAAAAUAAUUUCUAAAAAAUCCGCAUGGUUUAAAAAAGAAAAAAAUCUAUGCAAGUGUUGCAUGAACCUCUGGUUGUUUCUUUUUACAGUUAAGUAUUUUAGUAAUGCAUUGGCUCUGACUUUUCUCGUCGUCUCGUAGUGAUGAUAGUCUUGUCUUUAGGGGCUACUCACUCCUUAUUAUCAAAUUCCUGAAAAUUUCUUUCCCUCCCGAAACACCACAGUAAGAGAUUCCCCACAGUAUUUGCUUGUUGCACUUUUAGGUCACUCCUCAGUAAAUAGUCCCAGACCAAGACUAUGACAAAAUGAGUGAGUUCUGCAUGUCAACAAUUAGCUACUUGAUUAUACUUUGGCGAAAUAUGUUUUUUGAAGCGGACCAAUUUAGCAACUAAUAAACAGUUGAGGUUUUUCAAUUUUGAAGCACAAUUUUUACAAGGGUUCUGAUUUAAUUUUCUCUGUCUUAUUCUGUAUGCAAUAUGAAGCGUAACAUUGAAAAACUUAAAACGCCUUAGACCAUCUGGACUUCCUCUUUUGUGUGAGUAGAAAAAAAAAUAUUGCACUACUUUGUUUUUUUGGGAUGGUUGCUUUGUAAUGCAAUAACUGCACUAAAUAUAACCAUAUAUCCACCAGACUACCACAGCGUGCUAGCGUGACCCCAACACGCCUCUUCCCUUCUGUAUAUUAAAAGAGGCAGAGAUGGUGGAAAAAAAAAAAGAGACCUUUUCUUGCCUGAAGCUGUAUAGAAUGCUUUCUAUUGGAAAACAGAUUUACGAUGA